CCUCCCCCAUUCUUCUUCAUUCCUUCAAUUUUCUCAAUUCCAAUUAAUUAAAAUCAAAUAAUACAAAUUCUGAGUUGGUUAACUUAUGAGAGCUUCUGCAACACACUACUCAUUUAAGAGCCGAAGCUCUUCUCUCUCUUCCGCUCUAAGCUUUCCUUGCCACCGUUUAUUUCGCUACCUCCGCCUACGCUAACCCAAAACCACCUCCCGUACGCCGCCAAAUAUGCCGUCCCCUAAGUCGAAUCGAAACGGACUCUCAUCAUUCUCUAGAGUAACCGAAAGAUCGAUGUCCUUCAACGGAAGAACGGUUGUUUCACCGACAGCGGAAAAACUCCGUCGACCGAAAACGGUGCCGGAUUUAUCGUCGGCGAUGAGAAACGCUGCCGUCAAUUCUCCGCCUAAAGAGGAGGUUAAGCCGAAGAAGCUCACAAAAGUUCUACUGAAUGUGAUGAUUCAAGGUAGUGUUGGCGCUGUUCAGGUUCUUAUUAGUCCGGAAUUAACGGUUAGAGAAUUAGUUUCUGCUGCGAUUAAGCAGUAUGUGAAAGAAGGUCGCCGUCCUGUGCUUUCCUCCGCCAUUGUUGAUGAUUUCGACCUCCAUUAUUCGCAGUUUAGCCUUGAAAGUUUGGAUAGAGGAGAGAAAAUAGCAGAGUUAGGGUCAAGGAACUUUUUCCUAUGCAAAAAGAGGAAGGAGGUGGUUGAAACGGCGUCGUCAUGUGCAAAGCAGGCUGAACAGGCUACAAAAGUUGAUUCUCCUUGGCUCAAGUUCAUGAGUUUCUUAUUCUAAAUUAAACCCUGCCCAAAAAACAUUUUAAAAAGUGAGAUAUUUGGUAAUGAAAAAUAAUAAUUUCUGGCCAUAUUCUUGUUUAAGGUGGUCCAUUCUUGUGUUUAAGGAAUUUGGACUAGUAAAUUAUGUUUAGAUUUUAUUUAGAAUUUUUUAGUUUAAAAAUUUGUGGUAGCAGAAGUAGUAUUGUACAGUUGGAAAGAUUCCUAUAGCAAAAAAUGAUAAUUAAAAAAAUAGUUAGAUACAAAAUCAGUGUUAUCUUACAAAGUUACAAUUGUAUGGAUUUUAUUCUCAUUUUGAAUAUACUCUGAAUCCGGAUAUUUGCUUGUUAGACAA